AUGACCAGCUCGGUAACCUCAGGCAUCCCCUUAACGAAGGCGGCUCUUCGAGCUCUCAGCCACGGGCGAUCUCAAGUCUCCUUCCUCCAAGAGCAUUACGCGAAGGAUCCGUGGGACUACCCACCGCCCGCUCCCCCUCAUCUCGCUCGUACCUCAGCUACAGAACCGCCAGCCUUCACGCCCAAAGGCGAAGCGGCCCUCGCUCAGCUGCCGUACGACCUCAAGUUCAAGAUUCUACUCGAGGCCAGCCGUAUCGACCCUCACUGUGCUUUUUCGGUGGCUCUGACUUGCCGUAUCCUCGCUCAUCAUGUGCAACGAGACCCUUUCUCUGGCCUCAAGCAGGUCAUCUAUAUCACCAGACAUGAAUGCAGGGAAUUUGUGAGGGCCCUGGAAAGCAUCCGCCAGGGACGCACCGAUGGCCGAAGCGUCAAAGGCCUCUUCCAUACAUAUCCAGCUGGCGAUCCUUUUUGUCCUGCUGAAAUCGAGUGGAAUGGCGCAAUCUUUCGCAGCAUGGACCUCAGUGACCAGCUUUUCGAGGCUUGCCCCAACUCUUACGUCCACCACAACUGGUGCGCGAGCACGCGCAGCUUUCCACGCGCCGUCGACUGGAAUCCCUGCACGGGCGGCCGCCACAGAAGAGACAAGAUGCUCCGUCUGCACGCCAUGAGACCUCACGUUGGAGCGAACGGAGGAACAGAAACGCACAACCUCGAAGAUGCGGAUCUGCUUCGAUGGACACGCCCAAUUGGCUGGCAUGAGCUCGCAGAGAAGGAGGAAUUCUGGUAUUACGUCCUCGUCGAGCGUCCAAAGCGAAGGGGCAACGGAGCCUUUACCUUCAUUGUCGAGCUAAGUCCACGCGCGACCUGGGAGCAGCUCUGCGACAUGGCUCGACUCGUGGAGCGUACUGCCCUGCGCUACCGCAAGGAGACUGAUCAAGAGCCCGCAUUCUUCGUAAACUUCAUUCACCACCUCUUGGACAACUGUGUCAAAGGCCACGAAUGGACGGAGAUGGAAGCCAACAGGCAGUGCGCGCGCUCGGUCUCUGGGAAGCCUUCGUGGUGGUCAGCAUCAGACCUGAAACAAAUUACGGUACAGGACGCCAUCAAUGCUCCUUCACCGAUAUCAAUCGCGGCUCACGGCGCCGCCCAGAAUGUUUUGCUGUGGGAUGCGAGCUGGGCUGAUGAUGCGAUGGGCAUCGCCCCAGACGAUGCGGAGGAGCUCAAACGCCGCCGACAUCUCUUGAAGACAGAGUCUCCCUGGAUUGGGAUCGAGGAAGGUCACGAUGACUAUUGGCCCACCCGUCCAUCGACACCAGAGAAGAAAAAGAAAAAGAAGGACGAUGACGCAGACUACCGACCGGACGGCAAGAAGAAACCCGAUACGAGCAGGAAGAAGUCGGAAGAUAGCGCAGCCUGGGACCAGGACACGGAGCGUUCGGAGGAUCUGGAUUCGGAUGAAAAAGCAGAGAAUGAGAGGAUCGCAGACGAGUACCACCAAGAGCGCUACCGCUAUGGACCGGGAACCCCGAGCGAGGACGAUCCUUGGGAGACGCCUCCUCCAGAGCUGGACGUCUGGAUAGCAGCAUCUGACUCCGAGGCGGCCCCAGAGCCGAGUGCAUGGGACGAGCCAUACACUCCUGCGUCCACGCCCAAAGCUGUCAAGGCAUCGUUUUCGAGGAAGAAGAAAGCAACCGCUCCUGAGAAGCAGCAGACAGGUCGAUCCAAGCAGCAGGCAGUAUCGUCAAAGGAAGCCGGCCCGUCGAAGCAGGCAGGCUCGUCAAAGGGGGCGAGCUCCUCGAAGCAAGCAGGAGCAUCACGGCAGGCAGCGCAGAUGGAUUCCGACCGCACCUCUCUUCCUUGCAGCAGAGACAAGCCCACGGGCACUACCAAGAGGGCGGCUCUGAGCGUGUCGGACCCGCAACGCCAGUCGACUCCAGCUGGCAAGAAGACGGGGAAAAGGGGCCGGCGCAAGUAG